UCCAGCCUGGUCACCUGGGGGUGCAGGCACAGCCCAGGCUCCCGGGUGGUGGGGACAGCCGUGUCCCCUGUCCAUCCCUCGGCAGGUGGAUGUGUACAGAAGGGCUGGCUGCCUCUGCCAUGGGAGUGCUCAGGCAGCGCUGGGCGGGACUGGAAGCGCGGCCACGGAGGAGUGGGCGCAAGCACAGGGCUGGAUGUGGCUGAGGCAGCGCUUACCUUCUCCCUGAGUCCCGCGGCUGAAGAGCUCCGGUCCGCGGCACAAGAUCUCCGCUGGCUCUGAGUGCUGAAGCGACCGAGCGCAUUCUCCCAAAAUGAUGGAAAAUAAAGUGUUCCUGUCAUUUACGUUCUACAGCACAAUUUUGAUUUUAAAAAUGUACGUCGUUGCCAUCAUUACAGGGCAAGUGAGACUCAGAAAGAAGGCGUUUGCAAACCCAGAGGAUGCCCUGCGCAACGGGGGCUUGCAGUUCUGCCGCCAGGACCCUGACGUGGAGCGGUGCCGCAGGGCCCACCGCAACGACAUGGAGAACAUCUUUCCCUUCCUCUUCCUCGGAGCCAUCUACUCCCUGCUGGAUCCCAGUCCUGCAGUGGCCAGGAUCCACUUCCUCAUCUUCUGCGUGGGACGGAUCAUCCACACCAUCGCCUACCUCCUGCGGCUGAGGGCACCCACACGCUCUGUGGCCUACAGCGUGGCCCAGCUGCCCUGCUUCUCCAUGGCCCUGCAGAUCCUCCUGGCCACCACCCCGUACUGGUAACACCUGGAGAGACUGAGCACCUGAACCCCUUCAACCUGGAACUGCUGGUCACCCUGCGAGUGGGAGUGUGUCUGUGUCUGUGUGUGUGUGUGUGUGCAUGUCUGAUGUCACCAGGGAGGCCAUCUGCACCCCAAGGAUGCUCAGUGCAGCCGUGACAAAAUUCCUGUGCCUUCAGAAUUCGUUAGGGAAGUCACCAGAGAGGAGGGACAUGCAGGAAGGGGAUGUGGAGGGAAGUUUCCCUCUCUCCUGCUGAGGGGGAGAGGUGGAAAGCACACAGACUACCCCUCCAGGAAGGGGUCAUUGAAAGAAAGUUUUUCUGUGUUUUGAACUGGGAAGGGAAAGUUGUGCCUUUUCCUCUUGGUCACGAAUACCCCAUGAAUCAGGAAGGGGAAAUCAUGAGGGUCCCAUGAAGUCUCUUAGCAGGUGUGGUUGGCAGCAGGGGUUAUAAAGCAGCCACCCUUCUCCUGCCCAGCCAUAUGCAUCUGUGGGGAUGUGAUUCCCUCUCCCUCAAAGAGGACAGGAGGCAGGUGCCUUCCAGGGAAUUCAAAGCAGCGAUGUGAAGCCAUUGAAGCGUUCAGUAUUCCCAGUGCCACCUCAUCUCACUGCAAGGGACACACUCCCUGCCAGGAGCCUCACUGCAGGCAGGAUCCUGCCAGCCACCGUGGCUUUUCCAUCUCAGCCUCACCACAGCAAGACACAGAGCAACGUGGCUAGAGCAGCCAGCAGGAAUCAUUUACCCUGGACACAGAGUCUGGACACACAGCCUGGACACAGAGCCUGGACACAGAGCCUGGACACACAGCCUGGACACACAUCCUGGACACACAGCCUGGACACACAUCCUGGACACAUUUGCUGGACACAAAGCUCUGGGACCUCUGGAAAGACUAAAAUGCUCACACAAAACAGGGGGUUGCAGACAGAGCUUUCUCCCAAGGGCAGUCAUGUCCACAUGCCUCUAAUGCCUGAAAAUGCCCCCAGGGCAGCAGACUGAGUUUCUCCCUCUGUUUGUAGCCUUUCUCUGGCCGCAGAAUGGCCGUUGCUAUUUGGGGAAUGUGCCUUGACCGCUUUGGGGGUGUUUUCUUUCAGCUGUUUCCUGCUGUCCACUGCUGCCACGCCAUUCAGAGGCUGGACCAGCUGGUGUUCACAGAAAGCUCUGGAAACGAGCAUAGGGGUUUUGAAGUCAGUAUUGCUGCUCUGCAGUGUCAGCCAAAAGCAUCGUGUUGGAGACGAGAGGCUGGGAUGGGGUAUUGCAGGGUGACAAAGCCCCAUGAGCUGCUCUGCCACACCACUGUCCCCAGCAGCAGCAGCAGCAGCCAUUGAGCAUCUCUGUGGAGGAGAAGGCAGGAGGAAACCUCUGCUCUUCAGUGCCUCCUGCAUCCUCUGAGGGUGACACAGAAUUUUAGAAAGAUCACAGGGGCAUGCCAGAAUGAGUAGAAAAUAAAUUCCCCUUCCACCUGUCCUGUGCACUAAGGCUGCUCCCUCGACUCUGCUCUCUUAGGAGAUGCUCUUGCUGAGACCUCACUGAGCACUGGGGACACACCUGCUCACACUGAUGCUCAGCCCUUGCCCAGCUCAGGUACAAGUUUCUGUACCAGUAAUUCCUGUUCCCAGGGCAUUUGUGGCCUCAGGCUGAGCUGUGUGGUGACAUUUGGAGCAGUGGUGGAAGAGGAAGGUGGGCAGGACUGCAGGUUCAGCAGCUCACCCUUGGCCACUUCUCCUUCACACAGAUGUCUGGGUAACACAGACCCCUCUAAACAAGCCUUUUUCUGCCUCACAUGGUGUACAAGGUCUUGAACCCCUGUAUGUUUCUCUGCUGCUGCACAUGCAUCCUGGUGGCAGGAAGCAAAUAUUCCCAAUAAAAACAAAUCAUUGUGCUCUGAUACAUCCUUCCUUCGGGAGCAGCAGAUGCAGCUGGGCAGCAGCUGGGUCCAGCCCCAGCAGGAUGGAUCCUCAGCAGGAUGUUAAACCCCACUGCAGAGCCUGGAGUGCCCUGGGACUUCUAAAGAGACAUCCCUUUCCUCUGCACUCACCUGCCCUGCGGAGGAAUAUUUUUUUUAGGUGUGCAUUAUUUGUGCUGACCCUUUAAUUCAGCAGAACUGGGAAUUACAAGCAGCCCUGCUCAGUUUUCCUUCCCUGAGUAACAAGUUGUUACAAAGCUUGGUGUUCACCCAAAAAUCCUGGAGAGCUGGAGAAGCUCCCCGGGUAAGAYGUGGUUGCUCUUCUUUCUGUUCUUAGGAUUUGCAAAGGAGCUGCUUGUAUUUUCCAAGAUAAGUAUCCCUUUUUAGUUUUUUUACAUUAAGUUACUGGGAAACAAAUAUGUAAUUUCUCUGGUUUUCUCCUAUUUUCUUAAGUUGCUGGUGUUUGGGAGGUGCUGUCCUGUUGGUGUCUGAGUUAGUUGGAUAAAAUGGCUCCACUUGGUUGUUUUCUUUCCGCUGUGCUUUUUGUUUUCAAAUGAGAAAGGCAGUGGCUUUAUAAAAUGGACUCUCUCCAGUA